GUCAUUGCAAACCAAACGAAGAACUCUCGUCGUGGCGUCACUUCCGGGUAUUUCCAGUCUGCACACAGCGGCUCACUUCUCUGAGCUCUUCUGAAUCUUCUCAGCUUUUCCCCAGGAGCGUCACACGUUUUGUCGGCGCGUUGACAACUGUGGGAUCGCUUAGCAAGGAACCCAGGAUGUCAUAGUCAUGGACUGACAUGAUUGAUUGAUUGAUUGAUUGAUCAGGACUAGGGUUUUGGCGUCCAGAUGGGGAACAGCGCGCUAAAGUCCCACCUGGAGAUGUCCCAGAAGACGGGAGUGUUCCAGCUGACUGGACGAAGCCUUCAGGAGUUUCCUGAGGAGCUUCAACGGCUCACCUCCAACCUGAGAACUCUUGACCUGUCAAACAACAAACUGGAAUCACUUCCCCCUUUCAUAGGAAACUUUGCACAGCUCAGAAGUUUGACACUCAACUCCAACCGACUGGGCGGACUUCCCACCGAGAUUGGAAAUCUGAAGAAACUGGAGACUCUGAGUCUCAGCACCAACCGGAUCCAACAGCUGCCUCCAACCUUGGACCACCUCAAAGCCCUGCGGACCCUCAUUCUGGCAGGGAACCGUAUCUCGGAGUUCCCCAAGGGACUGGGUGGCCUGAGACAGCUAGACCUGUUAGAUUUGUCCCGGAACCAAAUUCAGAGCGUCCCAUCAUACGUGUCGGAGCUGCAGGCCAUUGAAAUCAACCUCAACCAGAAUCAGAUCUCAGUGGUGGCAGAAGAAGUGUCGCGAUGUCCUCGUCUUAAAGUCCUGCGAGUGGAAGAAAACUGUCUGGACUUGUCCUCCAUUCCUUUGUCCAUCCUCAGCCAGUCCCACGUGUCUCUCUUCUCUGUGGAGGGAAACCUCUUUGAGGUCAAGAGUCUGCGGGACCUGGACGGAUACGACAAGUACAUGGAGCGUUUCACCGCCAACAGGAAGAAGUUUGCCUGAAAGCCACUUCCUGCGGACACAAGUGGGCGGGGCCAAUGUUCUCCCAGCAGAAAGGAAACAGUGUCAUCAGCUGACCUGUCAUGGCGGCCCACGUUGCCAUAGCGACGCGCUUGUUGCAGCCAGCAAAAACAGGAAAUGAAGCAAGAAGCUAUUAGACAGUUCAUGUGGAAGAUGAUGUCAUCAUCUGACGCCAAUGACAUGAGAAUGGAAGUAAGCCCCUCCCCUCCCACGUGCUAGCUUUGUCUUCACUGUCAAGCUAGCCACGGUAAUAAAUUAACUUUCAAAAUAAAAGCAUACAUCUGAAGGAAUAAAGUAGUUUAUCUCGGACAUAAAGGUUAUUGCAAGUAUUGUCUAGUUAUUUUGGAUAUGAAUAUUAUAUGCAUGAAGCAAAAGUAUUUUAUUCAAAAUGUGACAAAGUUUGAAUAAACGUCAGUUAUGCUCCAAA